CGAUUAACAGGAAAAGUAUAUACCUAGGCUGUACACCUAUAUGAGAUAAGUAUACCUAUGCUAUACAGCAUGGAGAGCAAUUCAAAGUAUAGCAAAAAGCGAGGUCACGAGGCUUCGUUUUUUAGACGAUCAAGUUCGAGGAUUUGUCAAGUAUAUACGAAUUUGGCCAAUUGUCGGUUGAACAGAAAUGGACGAUUAACAAAAUGGACGGUGUGAAAAAUAAGCGAAAAAUGAGCGAAAAAUGAGCGAAAAAUGAGCGAAAAAUGGAACAAGUAGAGUAAUUCUUUCUCUUUGCCUGCCAAUUCCGAUCAAAGAUCAAAUCGAAACGAUCUUUUAGAGAGCCGGUGCGUUACACCAACGUCUACGAUCGAUAACCUGGUGGGUGGGUUCUUCCUGAUCGUUUAAUCGUCGUCAAACCGAUUCGUGGCGGUAGUAAAAAUUUUCACGACUCUGUAUUUAACAAGCUUAAAUGCGAUAACGCGUAGAAAUUGGCGCGGUAGGUAUAUCUUGAAUAUUAAGCGUGCGAACGAGUAGUGCAAAUUUUUCAGCCAAACUCGAAGCUUAUUUACAAAAAGUACAGCAAAUUGUCCGAUUCGUAUUGAGGUAUUCGCCGUUGCUUUCUAUAACAUCGAGGUACGGUGUUUUUAAAGAAGAUCCAACAGGCAAGUCCAAUUUUCUAUUCGAUUCGCUAAUUGCAAGCGAACACCGGAAUAGGUGUAGCGAUCGUAAGGAGCAACGUCUAGCGAAUAAGCUGGCUACUGUAAGACGUGCCAACCAACACUCGUUAUGACGUCUUUUUUCCGUAGAAGCCACGUGGCCUGACGUUGUCACGCGGUAAUUUCACGGAACGUUCUCCUUCGUCGGUGCCCAGACACAAUCGGAUCUCGUCUAAAGACGCGACACUUUAUCGCGAUGGGAUUCGUCGCUUACCCAACAAGUGGUUCAAAGUUACAGAGAGCAACGACGAACGAAUUACUCGAUCCAACGGCUUGCGGUAGCAGAUCUUUUUCCUGUUUUACGAAUGUUAGAAAAACAAGAUCCAAAUGAUGUGGAGACGUGGGAAACUCGUUAUGUACUUUUAAUUUGGCUUUCUAUAAUUUCAAAGAUACCAUUUCCACUCUCACGUUUAGAAGUUUCUGAUACUAAUUCCGAGCAAACAAUAAUAGUUAGAAUAUUAAAAAUAUGCAAAUUGUUUUGCGUAUCAAAGGACGCUUGUGCAGUAGCUGCAGUUUUUCUAAUUGCCAAUUUUUUAUCAAGAUCAGAUGUAAAAAAGUUAUAUUUGAAAGAAAUGAUAACAUGGAGUUUACAAUGUGUAGAAACUGAUCCUUUGAGACAUGGUCCAUUAGCAGUUAUAGCAGCUAUAUUAAAACACAGUGCAAGAGAAGAUGUUAAACCAUAUAUUCAAAUGAUUUUAGAUAAAGUUUUAGAAUUUCAUCUGAAUGAUAAUCCUGCAGAUCUUAUUCGGAAGUUUGGAAUUAAAAUUGUACAAAGAAUUGGACUGGUGUUACUAGGGACAAAAUUGGCUCCAUGGAGAUAUCAAAGAACCAGUAGACCUAUAUGUCUAGAUCCUAAUAUUAAUACUAACUCUAACAUUAUGGAAAAUGUGGAGGAUAUUAAAAAUGUUUCAUCGAAUCAUGAUGACCGGGACAUUCCAUCAGCAAUAGAAGAUAUAAUUGAACAACUUAUACAAGGUCUUAGAGAUAAAGCAAUUACAAUACGGUGGUCUGCUGCAAAAGGAAUUGGUAGAAUAACAGCAAGAUUGCCAAUGGAUUUAGCGGAUGAGGUUGUAGGAUUUGUGCUAAAUCUUCUUUGUGGUCGUGAAUCGGAUGCUGCUUGGCAUGGUGGUUGUCUAGCAUUAGCAGAAUUAGGAAGACGUGGUCUUCUUCUUCCUCAUCGUCUGAAUGAUGUGAUACCAGUUGUCCUUCAAGCCUUAGUAUUUGAUGAACCAAGAGCUUAUGGUUCAAUUGGAUAUUUAAUCAGAGAUGCUGCAUGUUAUAUUUGCUGGUCAUUUCCAAGAGCAUAUGAUUCUGAUAUAAUUCAACCAUAUGUAAAAGAAAUUGCAGCUAUGUUAGUAGUUGUUACUUGUUUUGAUCGAGAAAUUAAUUGUAGAAGAGCUGCUUCUGCAGCAUUCCAAGAAAAUGUAGGAAGACAAGGAAAUUUUCCACAUGGAAUAGAGAUACUUACAAUUGCUGAUUAUUUUGAAGUUGGAGUUAGAAAUCAUGCAUACUUAAAAAUUAGUGCACAAAUUGCACAAUAUGAAGAGUAUACAAAAUCUUUGAUUGAUCAUUUGGUUACAAGAAAAGUUACACAUUGGGAUACAGCAAUUAGAGAACUUGCAGCCAAAGCCCUCUUCAAUCUAACAUCUAUUGAUCCUAAUUAUAUUAAGCAUACAGUUUUAUUAAAUUUAUUAGAUAUGCUAAAUUCUAUUGAUUUAAAUAUUAGACAUGGUGCAGUAUUAGCUAUUGCAGAAAUCUUGGAAGCAUUGUAUAAUUGCUGCAAUGAAAAAAUUGCAGAUAUAAUUGGGCCAUCAGCUGUGGAGAAUGUCAGAAACAUAGUUAACAUUUUUAGAAAAAGAGGACAAUUCAAAGGUCUAGGAGGAGAAUUAAUGAAACAAGCAUGUGCUGUGCUCAUAAAAAAGUGCUCUAUUGUUCAUUUUCCAAUUUCCAUUGAAAUUAUUUGUGACUGGCAAAAUCUUUUGGAGGAAUGUUUGGGACAUGAAGUAUCUGUAGUAAAGAUGAAAGCUGCUGAAGCACAUACAGAAUUUUUCCGAAAAUACUAUGCAAACAUGGAUAAUCAAGAUCGCAAUAUUGUUAUUAAUCGUUACCUUGAUAAUUUACAAUCAAGUAAUCAACUUGUUCGAAUAGGCUUUGCACAGGCUAUAGGCUAUUUUCCUUUAUUUAUAAUUUGUGAAAGAGUAAAAGAUAUAAUAGAAGCUCUCAUUAAAUGUACUGAAAUAUCAGAAAGUUCUUUAAAAUGGGCAGAAAGUAGGAAAGAAGCUAUUCAUGCAUUAAUAAUGGUUUGUCAAACUCUGGGAGUAAAAGAAGCAGACAAGUGGCGUAUAUAUAUUCACAACUUAUAUGAUUGUUAUUUAUUGGCAUUGAAAGAAUAUACUAUAGAUAGUCGUGGAGAUAUAGGAGCUUGGGUACGAGAAGCAGCAAUGACUGGUUUACAUAUGUUAACAAACUUAGUAUCACAAGCAAAAUUAUUUUCUGUAUUAAAUGAAAACUUAAUGGCAAAUAUAAUUGGAGGAAUUGCACAACAAGCUGUUGAAAGAAUUGAUGGAAUUCGAGCGCAAGCGGGAAUUGUUUUCAGUGCUCUUAUUCAUAAUGAUCCUCUUUUACCGAACAUUCCAUAUCAUGCAGAAUUAAAAACUAUUUUUCCUUAUGAUGAAUGUAAAGAAAAUAUAGAAUGGCGAAUGGAAUCUGCUACUUUUCCACGAUUUAUUAAAAUGUUAUCUUAUCCUCCUUAUACAAUGAAUCUUCUACGUGGAAUUAUAUUUAGUGUUGGUGGUUUAAGUGAAUCUUUGGUUAAAUAUUCUAGUGUUUCCCUAUUUUCUUAUUUACAAGAAUUAGAUGAAUUGGGUCUCAAAAGUUUAUGCUAUAAAAUUUUAAAUAUUUUUGAGGAAAGCCACAAAAAUGAAAGAAUGAUUACAUCAAUGCUAGCUUUCUUAGAUCGUUUACUUAGUUCCGGUUGUAUUCAAGUCGUUCUUGAUGAUUUUGAAAAUGAAAUUGCAGAACAAAUUCUAAUACUGCUUAAACAAGAAAUAAAAAAUACGAACAAUACUAAGUUAUUAAUUAGCAGUAUAAAUGUAUUUUGUCAGCUCUUACAGAUACACGGACCAGUUGCAAAAAGAGCAUUUUGUCAGUUAAGUAUUUUUCUUUGUCAUAAAUAUAAAUGCAUACGGAAAGUAGCUGCAUUAAGAACAUAUGAAGCUUUAACUCUUUAUGGUGAAGAAAUGGAUCUUCCAGAACAAGAUCUAAUGAAAAUUUUGACUGAAUUAAAUGUUACUGACUGGGAACAAUCAGUAUCUGAACUUCGACCCAUAAGAAAUCAUCUUUGUGAUUUAAUGAAAGUACCAGCUCCUAUUUUGCAAAAUAAGGCCAUGAACUGAGCUUGCUUUUAAAUUUUGUCACGUCUCAGUUAAAUUGGUAUAGAUCCAACAAUAAGGGGCCUCCACAAUUUUUCAGUGAUAUAGUCAUCGCAGACUGCAUUUUCAAAAGCUAUUGUAAACUUGUAAUUGGCAAUAAAAGAAAGAAAAUCUUCACUGUUCAAUAUUUCAAGGUAGAUCUGCAAGAGUUAGAGGUACAUCACUAAAUCUACUAAAUGUUGAAGAGUAUGUAAAAAGAUUUAGAGUUUCCUGUUGAACUAAUAUUGGAUUAUUUCUUGGAGAUUCUUCAUGAAGCAAACCCCACGGAA